AUGCAUCCAAAAAAUGGUACACAAAAUUUUCAUUUUGAUAAAUAAUCCAUCAUAAAUAAUUCUUGCCCCAAUAAAUCUGGAUAGAAUUGUAAUAUUAAUUUUAAUUUUUAGUUAGUGUUUAUGAUGACUAUCAAUAUAAGAAAGUAAUACCAAAGUUAGAUUCUAAAGAUUAGAUAUUUCAUUCUAAUGUCCUUGUUACAACAGAAACCUUAUAAUAAUAGAUAAUAGAUUUACAGAGACAAAUUAAAAUAAAGGAACUUAGUAAUGAGUAAUUAGCUAAUGCACUUUUUUCACAAUAACAAAAAUAUGAAGAACUGAAAGCAGUUUUUGCUAAGGUUGAAGAUGAUAAAAAAAAUGCCCAAAAAUAAAUUAAGGAACAUGCUGAAAAAAACGAAUUUAACUAAUUUGAUAUAAAACAAUAAUAAGAAAUUAAUACGUUAUUUCAGAAUGAAAAUACUUAAUUGAAAUUAGCAUCUGUUAAAGUAGUACUUCUAUAUUAAAAUAGUUUAAAGACACUAUAGUAAAAUUAUAAACUGAGAAUAAAUAAUUGAAGGAUCAAAUCGAAGCUUUGAUGAAUAAUCCAUUGAGUUGUGAAAGGAAAGGUAGUUCGAGGCUGUCCUUUGAUAAUUUUUUAAACGAAGCAGAUUAGACUUAACCAGGUUAAGGUAUUUCUAGUACUUCACUACAGAAUUGCGAGAAGAAUUGUAUUUGUUCUAAAAGACUAUUAUAUUAAUAAGCAGAAAUUAAAAAAUAUUAAACCUAAUUAUUCGAGAAGGACCAACUCAUUGCUAAAUUAACACAACAGAAUAAUGUUCUCUAGAAAACUUAAGGGAAGAUAUAAAAAUGCUAGAAAAAACCAAAUCUUUUUGGAUCUCCUAAUAGUGAAUUAUCAAAAUAAGAUCCUAUAUUAGUAUAAGAUGAUAGUAAUGAUACUUCUCGAUAGUUAAAUACAUAUUUAAGUGACAAGAAGUUCAACAAUGUUAACAAUGCUUCAGAGUCAUAAAUGCCAGUACUAUAAUAUUAUGAAAAAUUAGUUAAAAACAUCUUCUAGUGCUAGAUCAAUUUUAAUGAAUAAAUCUAAAAGAGAAGUAGAAUCAAUGUAUAAAAAAAUGAAUUAGUCAGCAUUAUUUACAGCAAGUUUAUUUUCGAAUAUGCUUGAUUAUAAAAAUUUGCAUGAAAAUAAUUCAUAAAUCAGGAGCACUAAUUUUAAUUAGGUAAAGCAGUUGUGA